AUGUCGCACAUGACAAUAACAUGCGCAGCGCCACAUGUGUUUCCGUCCUAUAGGCCUGCUAGCCUCCUCAAGCCCCGCCUCUCCCUCUCCCGCCAACUAAUCUUCGUCGGGACGGACUUGAAGGACCCGCAGCUCCCAGCCAUCAAAGCACGGCUAUGGCCGAAGAAGAAAUCAAACAAAAUCUCCAACGAUGAGCCUAAGAAAGAGGAAAAGCUGGUCAAACCAGCGGCCUCCGCAGCCAAGUGUGCCUUACCAAAGCUGACCGAAAUGGAGAGAUUCAGGCAGUCGCCAUUCGAGAGGGUCGUCUAUGACAUGGCCCACAAUGAGAAGAUCGUCAACGACCUGAUGCUUGGUCGAAGGAUUGGCUUCUAUGAGCUGCGAGGAGAGAUCGGGCAGGGCAACUUCUCCACAGUCAGGCUGGGCAUCCAUGCCCUCACGAAAGAGAGAGUAGCGGUCAAAAUCAUGGACAAGCUGCGUAUGGAGAAGAAGAGUCAGUCUUUCACGGCCUCAGAAAUCCGCAGCAUGGAGAAGCUGUGCCACCCGAACAUAGUGCGUCUUUAUGAGGUGAUGGAGGGCAGCAGGAAACUGUAUCUUGUGAUGGAGUAUGGCAGCAGUGGAGAUCUGUUCUCCCGGAUCACCACCAGGGGGAAGCUGAACGACCUGGAAACCAAACUGGUCUUUGCACAAGUCGUGUCUGCUGUUAAACACAUGCAUGACAACAACAUCGUCCACAGAGACCUUAAGGCUGAGAACAUCUUCUACACCACCAGCCACUGCAUCAAGGUCGGAGAUUUCGGCUUCAGCACUGAGAGCUGCCCCAAUGAGCUCCUCACCAAUUUCUGUGGCUCUCCACCUUACGCUGCUCCUGAACUGUUUAAGGAGAAAGGCUACUUUGGACGUCACUGUGAUACCUGGGCGUUAGGUGUCCUCUUGUACUUCAUUGUGACGGCCACGUUGCCUUUUUACGGAGACAACCUGGGGAGGUUGAAGCGCAGCAUCCUCCAGGGGGCUUACAGCAUCCCUUCCUAUGUGCCCAACCCCUGCCAGCUGGUCAUCAAGGGCCUGCUGCGGCCUGUGCCUGCCGAUCGUUCUACUCUCACGCAGAUUAUAAACGAUACUUGGCUGAGGGGGAUCGAAUACCCUCGCCCGUACGUCCCGUUGCCGCUGUCCCCGGCCCACUUUGCCCAGGCGGGGCAGGCUCUGUGUGUGGAGGAGCAGGAGGUUAAGGGUUUGCUGUCGGAUCUGGGCAUUGUGACAGUUCAUUUGCAAAAUAAUCCCUGUUCGGACUGCAGGAGCCCAUUGACCGGGACCUACCGGAUCCUCCUCCAUCGGGUCCAUAAGAGGAGGUCGGUGGAGGCUGUAGGUUAUUCAGCGCUUGAUCCUGAUGAGUACGGGUGCCUGAAGAACUGGUCUGCAGCUUCUGUGACCAAACACUCUCCUUCUGCUGUCUGUGUUCUACUAUGAUUAUAAAUAGCUGGACUGCUUCAGCUAAGGCCUCACAGGCCCUUUAUCACAUGCAGAUGUGCCCAUAUGCAAGUAUUCAAGUAGGAUUGUGCAAUAUUGGACUAAAAUGGUGCACACUAAGAGGUUAAGGGGUUAGUUGCAGGGUUCUCUCCCACAGUGUAAGUCAAUAAGAGCUCACAGAGUUUGAGCUGUGGAUUACUGUUCUGAUUAUAUCUCCAACAACAAGCUCAGACAGGCAAAACAUGCAUCUGUACAGCUAUGAGCAUCUUCCAAUCCCACUUAGUCAGAGCAUAAAUCUACUGAACUAAUCCGAGGCCACAGGUAAUCCUAAUAGCACAGCCCCCGUCCAACCGAAAUGAAACCUGAGACUGAGAGGGGGAAGAGACUCGUCAUGGAAAAAAAAAUACAAGGCCAGAACGAGAGACUUUUAAAAUGUAAAAUGUUUUUCUGUGUUUUGAACACAAUGAAUGAUCUCUUAAAUGCCUUCAUAGAAAGUAGACAUUUUCAUGUUGUUAAUAUCUAUGUUGGGUAUUGGUCUAAUAUUUUAUAAUCUAUGGCAUUUUAUUAACCACCUGGUGGAAGGAUGUAAAAUGGGUCAGGAUAGAGCCCACGAUAUUAUGGUCUGUUUUUUUUUCUUCACUUUCUGUAAUAGUGUUUGAUAGGGCAUUUUCCAACAAGAACGAUUAUUGACUGGAUCCAAAUAGAAAUCUGGAAUUUAAAUGUGCUUUCAUGAGCAGCCCGUUGGCCCUUGGAGGAGGUAUGUACUCUGAGUGCUGUUCUAGUCAUUACAGUAAUCAGUAAGGCCAAGUUGAUUAAUCACAAAUAAGCAGGAGGUAUGUUAACACAGGAAAAUAUUAUUGUCGAUCUUUAUCCUCUGAGUACCAGGCUCGAGUCAGUAUUUAAAAACAGACUUUCUGGGACUUUAAAAUGACCCCUCGCCUCGUAAUGAGCCCUGAGGUUUGGCUCUGGAGACAGUGUGCAGAGACUCUGGAGGCUUCUCAUGCACAUUCGUCAACCGAGCUGAUAAUAAAAGCUGAUGCAUCUGUGCACUUUAAAACACUUGAUUUCAUUCUGACCGGUGAAGUCAACAUUUGAAAGCUCUUCCUCCACAUAGAGUAAGGAUCCUACAGUUCACCCUGCCAUGGGAAUGCUCCUCCAGGGUGCACCAGUCUGAGAGCCAGACAUCACUCUUGGCCUGUUACCAUCACCUUGAGAGGUGUUGGUUCUGCCAGUGUCUGCACACCCCUGCUGAGUUUCUGAUAAGCUUUAUGUUUUACAAUGAAAUGUGGAACCUAACGGCUUGUUCACACAGAAAUGUGUGGGCAGGAGCAGACAAACAGAGAAACUACUGAGGUCCCUACGGGCACUAAAAUAAGUCUUGAC